UUGAACAUAAUCUACAUUACUGUUAUAAUUUAAUCAUUAUUUCUUAAUACAGCAAACAAAUUUUGGAAUAUUUUUUUUUAUUAAGUACUUGAAGAAGAUAAUUUAUAUACCAGAAUUGAAAUUUAUAAUAGUUAACUUCCAUGUCGCUUGGGCAAGUGAAUUAUAUGUGAAUAUAUCUGAGACAAAAACGUUUAUUUAAUGGUCAAGAAAAUUUAUACGGCUGCAAUAAGCAUUGAAGUAGCUUUAAAUAUAAAUUUUAUAGAGAUUAAAUAUAUAAAUAGUUGUUUACUAAAGUUAUUGUUACAACAUCUAUACCCCUUUGAUAAUAUUAUUCGUUGAAAUAAAUCAUCAUGACUGCGACAUCAGCAUCACCAACUCCGGUCGAAGAGAAGGCACAUGCCAAAGUCGAUUCGCCUAAAAAAGCAGCUGCCAAGAAACCAGCAACUAAAGCAACUCAUCCAAGUGCUGCUGAUAUGGUCAUUGCUGCUAUCAAAUCUCUUGGUGAACGUAGGGGAUCAUCUCUUCAGGCCAUCAAGAAGUAUAUCGCUGCAACCUACAAGGUCGAUAUUGAAAAACAAGCACCGUUUAUCAAGAAGUCUCUCCGAGCAGCUGUCAUCAAGGGAACUCUCAUUCAGACCAAAGGAAAAGGUGCUUCUGGAUCAUUCAAACUCCCAGUUGAGAAAGUAGCAUCUAAACCUAAAGCAACAGUGAAGAAACCCGCUGCUACUAAAAAACCCGCCGCUGCUAAAAAACCUGCAGCCAAGAAAGCAACUGGUGAAGCCAAAACUAUUAAGAAACCUGCAUCACCUACAAAGGCACCAGCGAAGAAAUCUGAGGCAAAGAAACCAACAGCUAAAGCUCCAGCUAAAACUAAAGCAGCCGCUUCUCCUAAAGCUAAGAAAGCUACCAAAGCUCCGACAGCCAAACCGAAGUCACCUAAGCCGAAGAAAGUCGCUGUACCAAAAACAGCAAAAGCUCCAGCCAGAAGAACCGCAGCAGCUAAAAAAUAACUUCUCACCCAUACAUUCCUUAGGAAUGCUUGAUUAUU